AUGACUAGCAAAAUCAUUCUCCUUUUCAUCUUUCCCAUUCUUUCCUGGGCUCAGCAACUGAAUGGCACGUAUAUGAAUGUGGACUACCCUGGGUUGAGUGACGGGUGUAAAAAGGCGUUGAACACGAGCGUUGCUUGCCCACUGCUCCUGAGCAACCGGGCAUUGAGCAACAAUAUCUUGGACCUGGACAGCGCCAAGGCUCUUUGCGUGGACAGCUGCUAUCGUUCACUGCAGACUGCCAAGACUGCCAUCGUAGCAGCUUGCAAGGCUUCCUCGGACACUAUCAUAUUUAGUGGAUCGGCUCAGCCAGCAUCAUACAUUGUGGACAACUAUAUCCACGCGUUCAACGUGUCGUGCAGAAAGGAUGCCGCAACGGGGCAGCUCUGCGAGCCAUUUAUUCUGCAGUGGUCUCAGCAAGGCUUUAUGAGAGCCAAUGAGACUUGCUCGGAUUGCUGGCUCGGCGGGCGUGCGCUCCAGCUAAAUAGCCCUUUCGGCUAUGAUGAGGUGUUGGCAGAGAAUUUUGCUUCUUUGACAUCGAGUUGCAGCGUGGCGGGCAAGUACACCUUCACAAAACCGCCAACGACCACCUCUCAGAAUCCAGGAUCAAGCAGCACGAGUCCACCAUCCAGCUCUGCAACUCCGGUGUGCAGGAGCAGCUACAAGCUCAAAGCGCAGGACUACGACUGCAACGCGGUCGCGAAAGCGCUCAAGGUGUCAACGUACACGCUGCUCAUAGCAAACGACCUGGAUCUGUAUUGCCAAAACUUCCUCGCCGCGGUCGACGCGCAGGCAACCCUGUGCGUGCCGGAACAGUGCCAAAUUUACACAUGGCAGGCGGGAGACUCGUGCGAAAGCGUGCUCGUGGGCCACCCUGGAGUGACCUGGACGCAGUUCCUAUCGUGGAACCCCCAGUUCAACAGCCUGUGCGGCAACACUGGCAAGUUCAUCGGGUACGAGAUCUGCAUCGGCCCUCCGGGUGGCGGCCUGAACGCCACUGCGACCUCGCCCCUGCCCGGCACGUCGGUGACCGCGCCCGUCCCGCCGCCGACCAACGCUGCCGGCGGGUCCACGAAGCCGUGCGGCAAGUGGUACACCGUCCAGUCGGGAGACACAUGCGGCGUCAUCUCGGUCGCCAACGGCCUGACCCUGGACGACUUUUACUUCCUGAACCCGUCGGUGGACGCGCAGUGCACCAACCUGCUGCUCGGCGUGGCGUACUGCGUCGCGCCCGUGGGGGACAUCCUCACCUACUCCGGGCACCCGAAGCCGACGCAGUCCGGCCCGUGGGCCACCCUCACCGUCCCGACGGCGUCCUACCCACCCGUUAACACGGAGAUAACAACCACGAAGGGAGACCCGGGGUACGUGGCGACGACGUCGCUCCUGCCCACCGCGUCGGGCACGGUGCCCGAGUGCCCCGUGUACCGCAACUUCAACGCCAACCAGAGCGACCUCAACGCCUGCGGCUACGUGGCGUACGCCUACGGGGUGACGGUCGACCAGCUGCAGCAGUGGAACCCGAGCCUCGGCGGAGGCGACGGCAGCGCCUGCGCCCUGCAGAAAGGGUUUAGCUACUGCGUCGAGUCGCCCGGCGGCGGUGGGACGGGCAGCCCGACGACGCCGGACACGUGCCUCGACCUGAACGCCACCGAGCCCGGGACGGUGCAGGGCUGCUCCUGCUUCACGCAGGUGAGGGGGUACCAAAACCGCAGCGGAUACACGUGCGACGUGCUGGCGGCCUCGGUGCCCAUCACUCUCGCCCAGCUGCUCUCGUGGAACACCUGGCUCGGCAAGGCCACUGCUUCUGUGCAGGACUGUAACAAGGCGCUCUAUGCGAACCUUGCCUACUACGGAGUUCGUGCUGUCUGCAUUGGAGUGGGGAGCGGCACGGGAGGCUCUUUAUCGACGAGCUCGCCAACAAGGUCGUCGACGAGCACCUCUGUCAGUUCAGCUGCGCCGACACAGACUGGAAGUGUGAAGGGGUGUCGGCAGUAUUACACAGUGCAGUCGGGUGACUACUGUGAAUUAAUCCAGACCAAGUUUGGCAUCACCUUUCAGCAGUUCCUCAGUUGGAAUCCUUCAGUUGGAAGCAAUUCUGACUGCAUCGAGCGCGCACUCGUCGAAGAUGGGCAUCGCGUCUGGGGAUUCGUUAUAUAUCGGUGUGCAUACGACAACAACACAGACGCUGCUUGGGCACGGCUGCUGCAAGCCCUGCGACGAUACGCGCGGGAGACAUUGGAGUACUACAAGGGGCUCGACAUACUCGACCGCUUUCAGCUCACCGUCGUCGAAGACAAGACCGAGUUCGAUGGCGCCACCACGAGCACAGUGAGGCAGCACUUCAGGGAGUGGGCCUCGGCACCAGACACCGUCGCGCACGACCAAGGAGUCGACGGCGCCCAGCCGGGCCUGUCGCAGAGAUAUCGCUACUGCAUACGCGUUGACGCCGAGGCACUGGAUCGGAUCGCUGCUGCUACAGCCGACCUCGAGGAAGGGGUAGACGACACGGACGACGACAUCGGCGACGAGGACAACGAGUGCUUCGUGGACCUCGUCUGGAAGGAAUGGGAGCCCUCGGUGCCGGACCCGCGCGAGAUGCCCAUGGAGGCGAUCGAGGGUUGCACGCGGCCUGACGUUGGCUGGAUGCGAGUCGGGGUCCGCGGGGCCGUGGUGGAGAUGUACGAGGCGCUGCGGGAUCAGAAUGCGUGGUAUACCGAGUAUCGACGGCCGUAUGAGGUGGUGUACCGUUAA